AUGGCAUUAUUCGAGCCGGCCAACUGCACCGUCGGGCCCGAUGUCCCGGUGGCCAGCGACGGUGGCGUCGCCGGCCGCGGCGUCAUCCUCGCGGCCGUCAUCACCGCCGGCGUCUCCCUCAUACUCAGCAUGUCCAUCAUCAUCCACGAAAUGUACGGCAACCCCUCGAGGAUCCGCCGGAAGCUGCUCAACAGCUACUCGGACCAGCAGCUCCUCAUCAGCAUCGGCAUCUCGUGCGUCGGCCUCGCCAAGGUCCACCAGAUGGUCCCUUACCACUUCUUCAUCAUCUGGAUGCUCACCAACAUGGCCCUCGCCGUUCACAAUGCCACUCUGCUGGCCCUCGCCCGCGACUUCCGCCGCGACUGGGUCCUGCGUUGGCUGCGCCAGAUCCUAAUGCUGCUGAGCCUGUCACUCAACACCACCUACGGCGUCUUCAUCCUGCGGGGCGUGUCGAGCAACAUGCAGGAGUCCAAGCUGCCCGUCGCCUGCGUCUGGAUCGUUGGCGACGCCGGCAAGGGCUCGCAGACGGGGCUGAGCUACUUCGGCACCGUCGUCGUCAUCGCCGCCAACAUCCUCGUCUUCCUACUGGCGAGCUGGUACCUCCACCACAACAACUUCCGCUCCACCCGAUUGUCGCGCAUCUUCCAGGUCGUCGGCACCUUGAUCAUGAUGGGAUCUGCCAUUGGCGCCGCGAUCCGUGUCUUGAUGGCCUCGGACGCCUGGGGCAAUGGACCGGCCUACGAGCUCAGUGACGACGGCGAGAAGCAAUGGAACUUCGGUCAGCUGCUGUCGAUGCUCGUGCUCAUCUUCCCCCUCGUGUCCAUGACCGAAAUCAUCCGCGGCGAGAUCGGCGUGAAGGAGUGCGACUUGUCGAGCAACUCGGGCGGCGACACGGAGAUGGGCAAAUACCGCAGUUCGGCCAACUCGUCGGCCCAGGGGCUCGUAUUCAUCGGGGAGCAGAACAACGUGCUCAAGUGA